AUGGGAGCUGAGAACAGUGUUCUGGAAGAUUGCGAUAUUGGAAAAGCUUUGCCUGUUGUGUCCGAUGUAGACUGGAUUCUCCGGGAAGCUGUACGAAAAAAUAACAUGACCACACCUUCGUCUUCACUGGCCGUGUUUACCCUUAAAAAGAAAGACAGUCGAAGAGAAUGUGACAUUAUACAACUAAACGCUAAACAACUGAAGUCAGUACGCCACCCCGGAAUCCUCCAAUAUGUGACAUCUGGUCACUCAUCUGAUGGCUCCUAUCUUAUCACUGAAUAUGUCACACCUCUUGAAUAUACUGUAAAGCAGUUGUCACCAAUUGAAAUUUGUUCAGGUCUUCAUGGCAUCAUUGAAUCUUUGGUCUUCUUACAUGAGAAAGUCAGAAUCUCACAUAACAAUAUCUGCAAAUCUUCCAUUUUUGUUACCAAUGAUGGCAGCUGGAAGCUUGGUAGCUUUGAACAUGCUUGCCACUUUGAAAACUUAACUGCUAAAUUCUUGGACAACUGCAGAGCAUUGAGGUGUGAAAAGACAAUCAGUCCAGAAGAAAAGGCAGGAAAUCUCUGCAUUGAGGCAAAUUUUGAACACGUUUUUGAUGCUUAUGCUUUUGGAAUACUUGCUGAAGAAUUUUUGGAACAAUUACAAGAAUUAGGUGAUCUCUCCAAAACAUUUGAACUACACAUUCAAGAUGAAUAUUUGAACCCUGACCCAAAGCAAAGAUCAAAACUCUGUUCACUACUCAACAAUCGUCUGUUUAAAUAUGAGAAUCACUUUCUUGAAAUAAGACAGUUUCUGAGAAAUAUCACUGUAAAAUCUGCUCAAGAAAAACAAGAUUUUUUUAGUCGUGUAAUUUCUAUGUUGUUGUUGUUACCUGAAGACCUUAUAGGAAGCCGCUUAAUUAGUUUGUUGUUAUCAAGGUUUGUUGUCUUGGAUGAAGAUGCUGUGGAGAUGAUGUUGCCAAGUUUGUUAAUUCCACGACCAGAAAAAAAAGAAGUAAUCAGUGAAAAGCCAGCAAGUCCAACAUCCAUAUUCAGUAAAUCUUCCUUCAAGAAAUAUGUCAUUCCUGAAUUAACAAAGAUCUUUCAAGUACGAGAGUUACACAUUCGGCAUCUGCUGUUGAAAUAUUUCUCAUAUUAUGUAGAAUUGUUUGAUAGAAAUGACAUAGAAGAAAUCAUUUUCCCACAGCUGCUUCUGGGUUUACGGGAUACCAAUGAUUCUUUGGUGUCUGCAAGUUUAUAUGCUCUUGGAGAUCUUGUUCCUAUCCUGGGUGGUGAGACAGUCAUUGGAGGACCACAAAAGGCUUACUUUAAAGAAGGAAAACCUAAGUUUCAGGUUACUCAGUUGCAGGAAAUGGGCAAAAAGCCUAACAACUUACACAGCAUAAUGACCAAAUCUGUUAUAAAUGACUUUACUGCACCAAAGCGAUUAAAUUUAAAAACUGAAAAGAAAUUUAUAGCUGAGGACAAAUGUUCCCCUCCAGAGGAUAUCAAGGACUCUAGAAUAUCAAUAAAAGAUCAAACAGCUGUGAUAACAAACAUAAGCCCAAGCAAAUCCCAACCUUACAUCGUUUCUGAAGAUGCUGUCCAUGUGAAAGAGGAAAUUUGCCAAGAGAUUGAUGAUGAACAGGAAGUAAUUGUACAUGAAGGUGAUUGGCCAGACUGGGAUAAUAACUCUUCAGUUACAAAGAAAAAAGAUGAAAUAGACUAUUUUGUUGAUAUGCAACCUGUGAUAUUACCAACACCAAAAAACGAACUGUUAUCACUUCCUGUCAAUAAUAACCCAGUGACAGUAGACAAUAUAUCAUCAAACUCAAUUGAGCUCUCUUUUGCAGUAUCAGAAGAUGCUGCUGAGGUGGACACAACUGGCUGGGAUGAUGAUGCUCUUGGUUGGGAUGUACUUGAUACAAAAAUAAACUAA